AUGGCGCCAACAUCCUCCAAAGGGAAAACUCCCUCCACCAACAAAGGCAAUAAAUCAGCCUCAUCAGGAUACAAAGUCAGCAAAUCCAGCUCCAAGGCCAAAGUGAAACGCCCUCCUCCGAAAGAAGUAAAAUCGCAAUCCCGCAGCGCUCCCAACCGACAGAAGAAAACGAAGACGAGGGAAUAUACAGAGAAGGAAUUGGAUCUACCAGCUUUAAAUAUGAUUACGCCCGUUGGCGUGCAGACCCCGAGGGGAAAGAAAAAGGGAAAGACGUUUGUGGAUGAUCAGGAGAGCAUGAUGACCAUCCUCGCAAUUGUCAGCGCAGAGAAAGAAGGACAAAUAGAAUCCAAGAUGAUGAAAGCCCGACAAAUGGAGGAGAUUCGAGAAGCUAAAAGGAAAGAGGCAGAGGCUAGGGCAGACAAGCGGAAAUCGAAAUUGGAGAAUAUCAAGGAUGAGUUGCGAAACAAGAAGAAGAAGAAAUCAAGCAAUGGCCCUACAGAGGAUAAAGAAAAAGGUCGGAAAUCGAAAGAAAAGCGCAAGAGCGUUUCUUUUGCAUGA